CCGACAUGAGGCUGAGACCGUGACUUUAUCAGAGCCUUUAGGCGAAAGACAUGGCCCACAUUCACGGUGUUUAUUAGAGGCGACAUGUUAGCCCGCUGUUCACGCGACAAACCGGAUAUAUCACGGGCGUUAACGUUAGCUUUUAGCACAAACUUUGGCGUCUGUCGAUGUAAGCUAACCUGGACACCUCGACGAUAGACUUUAAACUUGUUUUAUGGCGACACGUAGCUAGUUCACGGUUACAGCCUGACUUUAGCUCACAGCACAGUCAGGUUGUUUUCACUUGUAGAUAAAAGCUGACUCGACCCGUCGGAGAGCUUUGGCUAAUAUUUGGGUUGAAGCAGACCCAUUUCAUUAAAGAGCCCAUGUAGCUGGGCAGGCUAAACCUUUGGCCGCCAGUGUUUGUUUGUUUGGUACCACAUGACACCUGUGUUGUAGCAAACAUUAACACAAGCUAGCGUUAAAAAAACACCUGAAAAUAAAGCUCAGUGUUAAUAAUUCAUUUACUUUGCAGCUUAUAGCAGCUUCACACAGUCUGACCUAACGGAGCAUAUGAAGCCUUGUUUUUGGUCUGGCAUUAAUCUUGACGACAAAGUAAAAUAGGAUAAAAUGGAUGUUGAAGCAGGACCAGUGAUUGCAUGCAGCCAGAGAGAGAAGACAAGAUCCUACAAAGACCUGAUGAUGGAUGUCGAGAAGCUGGAAGAACCAAAUUUGGCUUCUGAAGACUGCAACACCAAGAAGCUUUACAAUGUGGGCCCUGGGGCUGUGCUGGAACCAGAGGGCUCGAUCAACAAAAAAAAGAAAAACUGUGGUGAUAGUGGAGUUGAGCCUGAGCUUUAUGGACUCGAGUCCUCUAGCGUCCUCCCUGAAUAUCCAGUCUGUGUGCCACGAGACAGAUGGGAAGAAAAAGGAGAAGAGGACAUCAACUUGUUGCAUUCAUGUUGUACAGCAGAGGGCAGCAUUGAUCAGACGAGCCCAAGCUCCAUGUCAGAGUACUGGGUGUAUUUAGAUAACCAGCACAACAUGGCAGACUGUCCUGAAACCAGGACCAUCACCCCUCCUGUCACUCCAGUCACCCAAAAGUCUUGUCCGUUCAUACCUGUUCCAACUUCAGCGACGGCCAUUGCUUCUGCAGUGAGCUCUGUAGUUAACCCCAUGAUGCCCAGCCCCAUGACUGACACCAGUAGUCCCAUUAGUUCUAUGUGCAGUCCCACUAGUUCAGCCUGGGACGCUCUCAGAUCCACAUCCAGGAGUCCUGGCUGCUGUGGCCAGGAUCCUGUCAGUGCUGCAGCUCACUUACACCUGCUAGGGGAGUCCUUGUCCCUGAUUGGACAUCAUCUUCAGGAGACAAGUAAAAUGGUGAGCGUGUCGAGUAGCCUGUCUCUGCUCUUGGACUCUCUGCUGUGCGCCCUGGGGCCUUUAAUCUGCCUCACGACACAGAUACCAGAGCUGAGGAGCUGCAAUCAACACACACUGGCCUCCACUCUGGAAAACAUUGCUUAUGUGAUGCCUGGGUUGUGAGGGAAGAUGAAGACCACACUCGCAGCACACUGCAGCUUUCAGCACCCUCUAACAUUCUGAAAGACACUGUAGGACAGAGUACACCUGUAAAACAACUCCACAAUCCAUUUUGUUAAAAGAAUAUUUGUUUGCAUUAUAAA